UUAGUAGUCUCUCAGUGCUCUAAUGGUACUCUGUACUAAAACUUUUGUCGAAAAUACACGACGUCUGUAGUCAGUGCGAGCCGGAAUUAGAUUUCGAACAUAUUUCACUUUUAAAUAUUAGUAUCAGUUGUAAUAGUGCAUUCUUCUACUUUGAGUACUUCUUUCAGCAAACAGAAAGGAAAUUAACUAAGUAUGUCGAAAUUAAUACUCCUACUACUAAUGGGCUACUGCAGUGCCAAUUUGCUGCCCAACGGUUGUCCUAUUGACUUCAGCAUAUACAGCUUGCUGCCGCACGAGACCGACUGCGGCAAGUACUACUCAUGCAGCAAUGGAGUGCGGAUAGUAAUGAACUGUCCCCCUGGACUUUACUUCGAUUUAAUCUUACUUACAUGCAAAUGGCCAAGUUCUGUAACUUGUACAUCUUCAAUAACUACAACGACAACAAAUGACGUUCGAACAACAUCAGCAGAUGAUGCUACAACAGUUAUUGCAACAGAAAUCACGGAAAUUCCAACUACAACGACAGAUGAGCUGACAACAAUAACAACUACCAUUGGCUGGACUGCAAUUACAUCGGAAACAACGGAGGUACCAACAACAACAGAAGUUUGGCCAGCAAUCACAUCAGAAACAACGGAGAUACCGACAACAACAGAAGAUGGUUGGACAUCGAUAACUUCAGAAACGACAGAGGUACCAAGAACAACAGAAGUUUGGCCACCAACCACAUCAGAAACAACGGAGGUACCAACAACAACAGAAGUUUGGCCACCAAACACAUCACCGACUCAUGCUCCACACACACCGACUCAUGCUCCACACACACCGACUCGUGCUCCACACACACCGACUCAUGCUCCACACACACCGACUCAUGCUCCACACACACCGACUCAUGCUCCACACACACCGACUCAUGCUUCACACACACCGACUCAUGCUCCACACACACCGACUCAUGCUCCACACACACCGACUCAUGCUCCACACACACCGACUCAUGCUCCACAGACAACCUCAGAAACACCGGAGGUACCGAUAACAACAGAAGAUGGUUGGACAUCGAUAACUUCAGAAACGACAGAGGUACCAAGAACAACAGAAGUUUGGCCACCAACCACAUCAGAAACAACGGAGGUACCGACAACAACUGAAGUUUGGACACCAACCACAUCAGAAACAACGGAGGUACCGACAACAACAGAAGUUUGGCCACCAACCACAUCAGAAACAACGGAGGUACCGACAACAACAGAAGUUUGGCCACCAACCACAUCAGAAACAACGGAGGUACCGACAACAACAGAAGUUUGGCCACCAACCACAUCAGAAACAACGGAGGUACCGAUAACAACAGAAGUUUGGCCACCAACCACAUCAGAAACAACGGAGGUACCAACAACAACAGAAGUUUGGCCACCAAACACAUCAGAAACAACGAACAUUACAUCUACAACGGCAACAGAAGAUCUUUCUACUACAACACUACCCGAAACAACUGGAGCACCAACUACAACUCAAGCAUCACACACAACAACUAUUCUACCAACGCCUGGAAUUUGUCCCCCAGGAUUCCUUCAUAUAGUUCGUCAUCCGGAAAUAUGUGAUGAGUAUUACCUGUGCCUCGGAGGUCUUCGCAUAUCGCUAUGGUGCCCAUGGUGCUCAUGCAAUUACAACAUGUCUCAUAUAUUUAUCCUCCUACUACUAACGGGCUUCAGCUGGGCUCGCUUGCUGCCUAAUGGCUGUCCCGCCAACUUCAACAUCCAUCACCUGCUGCCACACGAGACUGAUUGCGGUCGCUUCUAUUCGUGCAGCAAUGGACGGGCAAAACUCAUGAGUUGUCCGAAAGGACUCUUUUUUGAUACUAGCUUACAGGUUUGUAACUGGCCGUUUGCCACGAUUUGUGCAACAACAACAAGUACUACAACCACAACAACAGAAAAAGUUCAAACAACAGAAGAGGAUUGGACAGAUGUUACAGAAAUCGUAUCAGUCGAAGACGAUUGGACAGAAUUUACAGAAGAAACGACCAAGACUUCUAUUACAACAAUCGAAGAUUGGGCAGAAACAGACGAUUCGACAACAACAAUCCAAAAGGAUUGGACAGAAACAACAGACGCUUCGACAACAACAAUCCAAGAGGAUUGGACAGAAACAACAGACAAUUCGACAACAACAAUUGAAGGAGAUUGGACGGAUGUAACUACAGACAAUACUGAUGCUCCAACAACAAUGUCGAUUGACUCAACAACGCCUGCUAUAUGUCCACCAUUUUUCUUCGGAAAAGUCCCUCAUCCGGAACAAUGCGAUGGCUUUUAUCUAUGCCUUGGAAGCGCGGUGACAUUUCUGAGAUGCGCUGCUGGAUUCGAGUUUGAUCCAGUAGAGACAGUAAGCUACCUUCUUAAUUGA